AAAAAAAAGGGGGCGUCUCCCCUUUAAAGACUUGCAGAGAUUGAGAGAGAAAAAGAGAGAGAGUCAGGGACAGGGAAUCAGAGCGCGCGCGUCCGUCUGUCUGUCCCUGGGAAGGGAGACCGUCUCUGCUUCACAGUGAUUGGCACUGGGGGAGAGGCAUCAGUUGGCUUCAGACCCAAGGGGGAGACCAGACCAGGUCACCCCGGUUAAGAUUAAGUGAGCGUUGCCCCUCCCCGUCCCACCUCUCUCUACCCGGGAAUGUCUCGGCGAAAGCAGCGGAAACCCCAACAGUUAAUCUCGGACUGCGAAGGUCCCAGCGCGUCUGAGAACGGUGAUGCUAGCGAGGAGGACCACCCCCAAGUCUGUGCCAAGUGCUGCGCACAAUUCACUGACCCAACUGAAUUCUUCGCCCACCAGAACGCAUGUUCUACUGAGCCCCCUGUUAUGGUGAUAAUUGGGGGCCAGGAGAACCCCAACAACUCCUCGGCAUCUUCUGAACCCCGGCCUGAGGGCCACAAUAGUCCCCAGGUCAUGGAGGCAGAACACAGCAACCCCUCGGAUUCCGGGGCCUCUGUACCCACAGAUCCCACCUGGGGCCCAGAGCGGAGGGGAGAGGAGUCUUCUGGGCACUUCCUUGUCGCUGCCACAGGUACAGCAGCUGGGGGAGGUGGGGGCCUGAUCUUGGCCAGCCCUAAGCUGGGAGCAACCCCGUUACCUCCAGAAUCCACCCCUGCACCCCCUCCUCCUCCACCUCCUCCUCCUCCGCCCCCAGGUGUAGGCAGUGGCCACUUGAACAUCCCUCUGAUCUUGGAAGAGCUCCGGGUGCUGCAGCAGCGGCAGAUCCAUCAGAUGCAGAUGACUGAGCAAAUCUGCCGGCAGGUGCUGCUGCUUGGCUCCUUAGGCCAGACGGUGGGCACCCCUUCCAGCCCCUCAGAGCUACCUGGGACAGGGGCUGCCUCCUCCACUAAGCCCCUGCUUCCCCUCUUCAGCCCCAUCAAGCCUGUCCAGACUGGCAAGACACUGGCACCUUCCUCUACCUCUGCCUCCUCAGGGGCAGAAACACCCAAGCAGGCUUUCUUCCACCUUUACCAUCCACUGGGGUCACAGCACCCUUUUUCUGCUGGAGGGGCUGGGCGAAGCCACAAACCCACCCCAGCCCCCUCCCCGGCCCUGCCAGGCAGCACAGACCAGCUGAUUGCCUCGCCUCACCUGGCAUUCCCAGGCACCACAGGACUGCUAGCCGCACAGUGUCUGGGGGCAGCCCGGGGCCUCGAGGCUGCUGCCUCCCCAGGGCUCCUGAAGCCAAAGAAUGGAAGUGGUGAGCUGGGCUAUGGGGAAGUGAUGGGUCCCUUGGAGAAGCCUGGCGGACGGCACAAGUGCCGCUUCUGUGCCAAAGUAUUUGGCAGUGACAGCGCCCUGCAGAUCCACCUGCGUUCUCACACAGGUGAGAGGCCCUAUAAGUGUAACGUCUGCGGCAACCGCUUUACCACGCGCGGCAACCUCAAAGUUCAUUUCCACCGGCAUCGUGAGAAGUAUCCCCAUGUGCAGAUGAACCCUCACCCGGUGCCAGAGCACCUAGACUACGUCAUCACCAGUAGCGGCCUGCCCUACGGUAUGUCCGUGCCGCCAGAGAAGGCCGAGGAGGAGGGGGCCAUGCCAGGCGGUGGGGUGGAACGCAAGCCUCUGGUGGCCUCCACCACGGCUCUCAGUGCCACGGAGAGCCUGACGCUGCUCUCCACCGGUGCGGGCACGGCCACGGCUCCUGCGCUCCCUGCUUUCAAUAAGUUCGUGCUCAUGAAAGCGGUAGAGCCAAAGAGUAAAGCUGAUGAGAACACCCCACCUGGGAGUGAGGGCUCGGCCAUCACUGGGGUGGCAGAAAGUGGCCCAGCCACCCGCAUGCAGCUAAGUAAGCUGGUGACUUCGCUUCCCAGCUGGGCACUGCUUACCAACCACUUCAAGUCCACCGGUAGCUUCCCCUUCCCUUAUGUGUUGGAGCCCUUGGGGGCCUCCCCGUCUGAGACAUCGAAGCUGCAGCAACUAGUAGAAAAGAUUGACCGUCAAGGAGCCGUGGCAGUGGCCUCUACGGCCUCUGGAGCCCCCGCCACCUCUGCCCCUGCAACUUCGUCCUCCGCCUCAUCUGGACCUAACCAGUGUGUCAUUUGCCUCCGGGUGCUGAGCUGUCCCAGAGCGCUGCGCCUGCAUUAUGGCCAACAUGGAGGGGAGCGGCCCUUCAAAUGCAAAGUGUGUGGCAGAGCUUUCUCUACCCGGGGCAAUCUGCGUGCGCAUUUUGUGGGCCACAAGGCCAGUCCAGCUGCCCGGGCCCAAAACUCCUGUCCUAUCUGCCAGAAGAAGUUCACCAAUGCUGUCACUCUGCAGCAGCACGUUCGGAUGCACCUGGGGGGCCAGAUCCCCAACGGUGGGACUGUGCUCCCUGAAGGCGGGGGAGCUGCCCAGGAGAAUGGCUCUGAGCAAUCUGCGGUCUCCGGGGCAGGGAGCUUCCCCCAGCAGCCGUCCCAGCAACCAUCCCCAGAAGAGGAGCUAUCCGAAGAGGAGGAAGAGGAUGAAGAAGAAGAGGAAGACGUGACUGAUGAAGAUUCCCUGGCAGGGAGAGGCUCUGAGAGUGGAGGUGAGAAGGCAAUAUCAGUGCGAGGUGAUUCAGAAGAGGCCUCUGGGGCAGAAGACGAAGUGGGGACCGUGGCAGCAGCGGCCACAGCUGGGAAGGAGAUGGACAGCAAUGAGAAAGCGAUUCACCAGCCUUCUCUGCCGCCACCGCCACUGCCACCACCCGACAGCCUGGAUCAAACCCAGCCAAUGGAGCAGGGAGGCAGUGAUGUUGCAGGAGGUGCAGAGGAGGGGGGCAAACCGGAGAGGAGCUCCAGCCCAGCGUCAGCUCUGGUCCUAGAAGGGGAAGGCAGCAGUACCACCUUGGUGGAUGAGCUGAGCAUGCAGGAAGCGAUGAGAAAGGAGCCAGGAGAGAGCAGCAGCAGGAAGGCCUGUGAGGUGUGUGGCCAGAUCUUCCCCACCCAGGCAGGUCUGGAGGAGCAUCAGAAAGCCCACCCCAAGGAGGGGCCGCUCUUCACUUGUGUUUUCUGCAGGCAGGGCUUCCUCGAGCGGGCUACCCUCAAGAAGCAUAUGCUGCUGGCUCACCACCAGGUACCGCCCUUUGCCUCCCACGGCCCUCAGAAUAUUGCUGCUCUCUCCUUGGUUCCAGGCUGUUCACCCUCCAUCACUUCCCCAGGGCUUCCGCCCUUUCCCCGGAAGGAUGACCCCACAAUCCCAUGAGCCUGGUUUUUGGUACCUGCUGCCCCUAGACCCAGAGGGCAGAAACUUAGAGUUCUGUUGAAGGACCUCCGAGAGCUAUGCGCCCUUAUUUGUCUGUUUUUGCUGAGUUCUUAUGUACUAUGUCCCUAGUGGCUUUUCUCUAAAUCCUGAGCUUUGGAAUCAUUAUGUUCACAGGGGGAUGGCCCCCUGAGAAAUUUUUCUUCCCUUCUCAUUCGUUGUACCUGAGGAAAAUAGAUUCUCUACAGUUUUCACAUUCCCAACAAGAACCCUAUCCAGCCUCCUUGGGGAUGACCCGUCUACCCUCUCCUCCCUCUCCCUUUCCCUUUGGCAGGUGUACUGAUCACCCACAUUCGGAAUUACAGCCCAGCCCAAAGGGGCCGGCAGCUGUCCCUGGAGGGCCUAGUGCCACUCCUCUCUGGCGACCAGGUCAACUUGCAGGACUUCUUGUCCCAGGGAAUUCCUGCCCAGCUGGUGAGGGUGGGCCCCCUGUCUUUCUGGAACCAGGACACAGCUUUCCUGUCAAGUGACCUACCCACCAAGCCCUAGACUUCCAGCUCCAGCUCCAGCUCCACUACCACUUCAGGCCCUGCACCACCAGUGCUGUUGGGCCUGGGAACUGUGGCUGGGAAGUUGCCUCCAGCAAUGGGAUCCAGAGAAGCCCAGGAGAAGAGAGCCCCUCCUUCCCUUUUUUGUCUCUUGCAUCCAAGACAGUGCCUGAGAAGCCCAUCAUAGAAGAAAAGUAACAAAUUGUACAUUCCGCCCCCUUCCCCCUGCUCCAGAAGGUGCCAACAAUGAAGAUGUAACAAUUUCUGUAUCUGGUGGCUCAGUCUCAGGGAGGAGGGAGAAACGAAGGGCAUAGGACACUCUUCCCAGUAGCAGGGCACUAAUGUGCCUUAGUCACGUUAAGGCAAAAUUGGCUGAUUGAUGUGCUGAGACAUUUCCAGCCUCUCAUAUCCUUCAUCUUUGCCUCUCAAAGUUAGGGAGCAAGUGGAUUUCUUGCCAAGGGGUCUCCCAUGGGAUAUUUUUGAGAAGGAAAUGUGAAGUUCGUAUCUUUAACAAGCACUGUUGAUGAGGGAGGGCAGUUGAAGGAAUAAUGGAGUUGAAGAGUGUUGCCAAAGCAGAGGGCUGGCUGAGAACCUAUGUGCUUAAGGAAGGGGCAUGCUGUAAGGGAGGGGGCCUCAAGUUCUUGAUUGGGUCUCACGAAUGUUCUUUUAGACUAAUGAUGAUUUAGUGUGCAACAGUGCACCAUGGGUCAUGGGGGAUUUCCUAGCACUAGUGUGCUCUAGUUUUAGAUAACUCCUUCCUUUAUUCCCUGGCCCCUUGUAUCUUCCUCAUCUUACUCUCUCAAGGUCCAUUUCCUCCCCAUUUUGCCUGACCAUGGGCGGGGUCGCAUGUCUUUGCCACUGUCUGGUUCUUAAGAGUCCCAGACUUUGGGAGAUGAGCUCCCGGCACUCUCCUCCCUGCCUCUCUGACUUGUAAUGAGAUGUAGUAUUUACUCUUAACAUAGGAUCAUUUGGUACAGGAGUUCUGAGGAGAGGGUGAGGGUUCUGCGAUUGACUGACUUGAGGGAUGACUUCUCCAAAGGUGUAGGCUCCAGAGUUUCCUAACAUAGUAAAAUGUGAAGAGCAGACGAGGGAGAUGGUAGUGUCUUUCCCUUUUCAUUAAAGGUGUUUUAAC